UGAAGGUCAGGGCACAGCAGCAGCAGGCGGCAUGGGCGAGAACCUGGAGGCCCUGCUGAACAGCUGGGCCUCCAGCCCCACGGCGGGCAGGCUGAGACCCUCCGAAGAUGGUCUCGAAGCUGGCCACGACUUCCUGGGCGAUUUCAACAUGGAACUGCUGCUGGCGCCGUCGCCGCCGCCGCCGCCGGCCGCUGCUCCGCCGCCCGUGGAGGACAGCACUGGCAGCGGCACAGCAGGAGGGGCCCCCCAGAGCUCCGCCCCGAUGUCAGCACCGCCUGCAGCAUCGCCAGCAGGCCCGGGGGGAUCGGGGCUGGGCGCAGCGCUGGGGCAUCAGCAGCAAGCAGCGCUGGGGCAGCAGCAGGGGGCGCAAGUACACGCGCACCACAGUCUGCACCACGCCAUGCCGGCCUACAUGCGGCCAUUGACUGCAUCGGGCAGCGCCCCCCUGCCGCCCCUGGACCCCAGCGCUGCGGCGCAGCUGGGGGGGCCGCAGCCCAUGAUGCUGCAGCUGCCGCCCAACGGCAGCGGCAUGCAGCACUACAUGGCGCCGCCUAGGAACUACCAUCAGCCUGGCACGGGCCCGCCGCUGGUGCUGCCUGCGCUAACGGCAGUGCCGGCCGGCAGCAGCCAGCAGCCCUCGGAAUCUAAUCUUGAUGGCAAGCGUCGGCGUGGUCCCCGGCCCCGCGUGUUCAAGAAGCACACGUGCCAAAGCGACGGCUGCACCGUGGACCUGGCGCCGCUGUCCUUCUAUCUGCAGCGCAACCACAUCUGCCCGGACCAUCUGAAGGCAGACAGCUACAUGGUCAAAGGGGUGCCCUCACGCUUCUGCCAGCGCUGCGGGCAGGGCCACCCUUUGACGGAGUUUGAGGGUAGCAAGCGGUCGUGCCGCAAGGCGCUAGAACGCCACAACCAGCGCAGGUGGGGUGGAGCCCUGAGGCGUGAGGGGAAGCCGUGGGGCAGCUGGGCAAGGGCAGUGCGCUUCUGGCAGUUGUGGUCAGCAGGAAGUGGAGCAGAUGGGUAA